AUGCGCUGCAGUAGCACGGUUAGUGCGCCCGUGCAACACUGUUGCGCACCUCUAACUGCGCAUCACAGCCGUUAUAUUGCCGUUCAACUUUUAAACAAUCAGAUUUUGUAUUUUGUCAUUCAGACAAAAUCUAAAGCUAAGGACGUUUAUUCCCAAACAUGUUCGUACUUAAAAACGAAAGGUAUGCUCAAUUGCGAGCUUUUUGGCUUGGCAAUCAUGUACGAUCAAGAAUAUCUGUUUGUGGAUCUUGAAUGUAAACUAUCUAAAUAUGCUCCGAAAAGUUGGAAAAGUUCUUCAUCGCGAGGCCUUGACGCUCAGGGGAAACCUAUUUUCCAAUUGUUUUUCAGAGUGCAGUUUUACAUAAACAUACCUUUUCUUCUUCGGAAUGAUAUUACCCGUCACAAUUAUUAUCUACAACUUCGAGAUAACGUCAUAUCGAGGGGACAUGUUGUUUUUUGUUCCGGCGAUGAACUUUUGCUUUUAUUGGCUGGAUUAGCCUUGCAAGCUGACUUUGGAGAUUAUGAUAAACUUGAAUGCAAAGAAAAUUAUUUUCAACUCGACAAGUAUUUCCCGCAAGAGCUUAUAAAAAGAAACAGUAAUCUUUACAAGACUGCCGUGACGUUACACAAAAAACAUCGUGGUUUAACCAUCGCUCAAGCCGAAAUGAAUUACAUAAGAGAGUCGUCAUCUAAUGAAUUAACACUUUUAAAUCAUAAUGUUCAUUUAUACAAGCUUAAAAGUAAUAAAAAAUUACACGAUGAUCAAGAUGUGGUUUGGCUGGCUAUCAGCGCUCAAGGAAUUCAAAUUUGUGAGGAUACUUUGUUUAAGAAAUCUCUUUUGGCAACAUAUUCGUGGGACAGUAUUGGAAAAUUAUGUUUUGAUAAAAAAAAAUUCGAAAUUAAUUCCUCGAAAUUGGAAAAAAUGGUGUACUACACAAGUAGUGACGAGAAAAGCAAGCAUUUAUUAUUUUUGUGUCGAGUUUCUCAUCAAUUCAGUAAGGUUUCCGAUUUAAUUUUCUGCGAGAAUAUUAAAAAACAAGGAGGAUCUCAUUCAAGUGUGAAAAAGGAAAAAUUUUGCAUUGCUACAACGACAAGUGAUGAUAAUAAUAUCUUUUGUAAGGAUUCUCCUUACACUGAGCCAAACAUAAAUGACAGCGCGUCGGAUGACAACGAUUUAUCAAAUAAAAGAUUAGUUUUAACGGAUUUUAACCGGGAAAAAACAAAAUAUGAUUCCAAAAUCAAAAUUAAAACUUCAAAAAAAAAUUGUAAACAUUCUUGCGACAAUAUUUUUCUAAAUAAAUCCAUGAAUACUGAGAAUUUGAAAAAUGAAUUAACUGAUGAGGCGUCUCGCGAUGAGGCGAGAAAAAAAAAUGACAAACAUAUUUCGAGUGAAUUGGUUUACCGUUUGAAAAAUAUAAAUAAUGUUGAAACUGGAACUGCCGUCAAUUCAAAUGAUUUAAAAUUAUUAACUCGGUUCUCAUCUGAUUCAAAUUUAUAUUUUUCUUUUUCUGACGACGACACGGAUACUAAUUCCGACAGUAACACUUACUGUCGAAAUAAAAGUAAAAAAAAUUUUAAAAAAUUCAGUUUGGAAUCAGGAAUUUUUCAAAAUUCAAUCGAACGGUUAACAUUUACGAAAAAAAAAAAAAAAAAGGAUUUAAAAAAUGAAGAAAGGGGAAAUAAUAUCGAAGAAACCUGUGCGGAAUCAACCAAGAGUUUUGAAAAUUUUCCACGUGACGAAAAAAAGGUUUUUUUUAAAACUGAUGGAACCCACGUUGAAGACUUCAUAUCGGAAAAAAAAAAUCAUCAUUCGGGAACUUACCCGUCUUGUCCAUCUAUUUCGAGUAAUUUAGAUUCGGAUUCGGAUUAUUAUGUCAUGUUACCCGUACGAAAUACUUCUCAAAAAAUAGAAAAUGAAAAAAAUUUUUCAUCACUUUCUCUUGAUUUCACAAAAUGUUCAUCGAAAAAAAGCUUGGAACCUGAUAAAUUUCAACCCGAUUCGAAUAAGUUUAUCCCGUUGGAAAAACUUUAUUUGAAAAACAUUUUUUCACCACCACUGGAAAAAAAUAAAAUAUCUUGUUCGUAUUCUUCGGUGGUAGAUGAUUCAAUUCAAUCUGUAAAUAAUACAACAAACGUUUCGUGUUAUAAACGAAGCAUAUUAUUACCUCGAGACAGAGCGGAAUCAUCUAAUUCCGUCAAGACCGAUGCAACGCGACGCGGGGAUUCUUAUUUUAAAAAUUUAUUUAUGAAUCGAUGCCGAAACAUAAACGGGUAUCAAUUACAUGAGAAAGAUCGACACGAUCCGCCCUCAUCUCAAGAAUAUUGUGUAACAAAUGAGAAAAAGAUCAUUCGAGAAUUGGGCGAUAUCGCUUCGGGCAAAAAUAAAAAUAUUAUUGAUGAAAAUUCGCGAUUGACCGUACCGAUAAUAAUCGGAAAGAACAAUUAUUUGGAUAUACAUGCUACAAAAGCAAACGAUAAUGCGGGAAAAAAAGAUGCGAUGAUUCAUCAGAAAUACUCGUCAGUUUCUAAUAAUCAAUUUCCGAAAAAAUGGUCGUCCGCGACUACCGUUUACACUUCUCAAAUCUUUCGUUCUCAAAUAGAACAAUAUAGGCAGCAACUAUAUUCCGAUGUUGAUUAUGUUAUUUACCCUAUGAAAGAUCCGGCGAUAAGUAAAAGAGAAUAUUUAAAUGCGAAGCAAGGGAGUUUCUUAUCCGCUCUCGCUUCUGAAUAUACGUAUGGGUAUACGAAAUCACCAACUCCUUCUUUGUGCGCCCGUGCCGAAACUCGGACUCAGUGUAAACAAAUAGAAAAUUCAAAUUUUAUUAAAACGCAUGAUUCUUUUGAAAAGGCCAGGAAUACAAUUUCGAACAGAGGUCGCGUUAAGGUUCAGAUCAACCAUUCAAAUAAAAGAGUUUUAGAAUUUCAAGAAUGUUUGCAACGAACUAGUCAAACAAAAUCAAUUCAUGCAGUUUCUUCGAAUGUGAUUUUCGAUCGCGGUCCGUUUACCGGUUCUGUAAACGGCACGGAAUGCACCGGUUCUCUUUCCUCGUUAAACAUCCCGAAAAAUUUUACUCAUUUCACAAGGGUAAAAUCGGAUGAUAAAAUUUUAAAUUUUCACGACGGACGAAACAUUUUGAACGAAAAUUCGAAAAAAUGUCAAAUUUCUUCACCGGAUGCGUUAUUCAUUCCUCAUUCGGCCUGGGUCGUCGAUGCAAAACGCGGAUCGCGCAAAGUUUCGGAUUCGAAAACUCAAUGUAAAACACUUUGUGGAACGCGCAACUUAUCCGAUAGUACCUUAUCACGUGAUAAAUAUAAAUCUGAGAAAACAGUCAAGUGUGAUGAUUUGAACGGUAAAACGAUUUUGUCGAAACGAAUUUCUCAUUAUUCGAAUAAAAAUGAUAAAAAUAAACAAAUAGAUAUUCACACUUUGAUACAGCAGAGCAAAAAUUUAGACCUGCCGUUGAUAUCGGCUCUUUGCAACGACAAAACAUUAAUACAGCAAACGAAUGCUUUUGUCAUGCCGAAGCAUCCCAGCCUUAAAAGGCGUCCGCGUGCCAAUAAAUCCAUUGAUAAUUCCAGGAUCAAUUCAAGUUUUUCGAUGAGUAAAAAUUUUAAUGACGCAACCGCUCAUCAUCACCAUCAGAUUUUGUCGAAUAAAGAAAAAUUGAAAAAAAAAAAUCCGAAUGAAAGUAACUCUGAGGUGACGAGGUGUGGGAAAAAAAAAGCCGUAGUCAAAAAAGAAGUAAAUGCGAGCACUACGUUUUUAGAUUCUUUGCUUUCCAUUAAGGUUUCUAAAAAAAGCAUCAGCAAGAUGAAAUAUCCCGUGUCUGGUAUGUCCACCACGCAAAUAUCGAGGCCUCAAAAAAAAUUGUCAAGUUCGCAUGUUCAUCCUUUGGGUGCCGUUAGAACGGUAAAAAACCAUCAUGCUCUGCCUGUGCCAUCCAAUAGGAAAUAUGACUUGGUGCCAUAA